GAAAGGAGCCCGUCUAGGGAAGAGAUCUCGGAUCAACUGAGAGGUACAUUUUCAAAUCACCAGUUACUGUAAUGACAACCUGAAGACCUCCCGGGUGGAGAGGAAAGACCUAGGCGGUGCACCAUGGCCGUCAUGGCCCACCUGCUGGCCGCCGAUGUGCAGCAGCUGCUCCACAACAAGUUCGUGGUCAUCCUGGGAGACUCUGUCCAAAGGGCCGUGUACAAGGACCUGGUGCUCCUGCUGCAGAAGGACCUCCUGCUCACUCCCACCCAGCUCAAGGCCAAGGGGGAGGAGAGCUUUGAACGGGACAAGCUGGUGGACGGAGGCCAGCGGGGCCCCAUGCACAACGGCAUCCAGUACCGGGAGGUCCGCCAGUUCUGCUCCGACCACCACCUGGUGCGCUUCUACUUCCUGACGCGCGUGUACUCCAGCUACCUCGAGGCCAUUCUGCAAGAGCUGCAGUCCAGCCAGCACGGCCCCCCGGACGUGAUCAUCAUGAACUCCUGCCUCUGGGACCUCUCCAGGUACGGUCCGGACUCCUGGAAGAGCUACCUGGAGAACCUGGAGAGCCUGUUCGAGCGCCUGGGCCAGGUUCUGCCCGAGUCGUGCCUCCUGGUGUGGAACACAGCCAUGCCCGUGGGCAAGAAGAUCACCGCGGGCUUCCUCCCGCCGGAGCACCGGCCUGAGGAUUCCUCCCUGAGAGACAGAGUCAUCGCGGCCAACUUCCACAGCUCUGUGGAAGCGAAGAAACACGGCUUCGAUGUGCUGGACUUGCACUUCCACUUCCGCCACGCGGGGCGCCACCUGCAGCGGGACGGAGUGCACUGGGACGAGCUCGCGCACCGCCACCUCUCCCAGCUGCUGCUGGCCCACGUGGCCGAUGCCUGGGGCGUGGAUCUGCCCCGGCGGUACCCGGUGCGCCCCUGGAUCCGGGAUGGCCCCGCGAGGACCGGACCCGGCCCGGGAGUUGAGCGGCAGCCCCAGGCCAGCCCAGAUCAACCGUCCAUGCCUCCUGCCGGGUACCGCCCCCUGCUCCCACUUCCCCAUCUACCCCCGCCCCCGCCUCCCCUCCUGCCCUUGCCCCCACAUCCUCGCCCUUUUCCCUUUCACCCUGUGAUGACCAGAUUCCAGUUCGGUCCCCGAGAUCACUUUUCUGCCUCAGACCAUCCUUUCCAGUCCGAUCAGUUCUCCUCAAACCAUUUCCAUUCAGAUGUCCCCUCACCUACCCAGACAGGAUUUUCCUUUGAAGAUGAUCCCCAGCCACCCAGGCCCCCUUUCCCCACACCCUACCUGCAGCGGGCCCCUGUGGUUCAUAGGGGGUUUCCCCGGCGUCUACCUCGUGGCCCCUAUGUGCCCUGGGGUCGGCGGCCCAGAUCUUCCAAGAGACAGGCCCCAUCCCACCCACAGCCAAGGCCUCAAUAA